CCCUUCCUUUAAUUCCCAUAACACAUUCUCUUCCAAUCAUCCACCAGAUCGAGAAGCUAUUAAUUCAUUUUUCUUCUCUACUCCGCAUAAACGAAAACCAAAACAGAAGAAGGGAAAAGAUAAACAAUCAUAUGGAUCCUGUAGUAAUUUACUUUGGAAUAGCAGCUGCAACUACAGUUUAUCUCCUCUGGUUCUGGCUCUUAGCCCAAAGGCUCACGGGUCCAAAAGUGUGGCCACUAGUCGGUAGCCUCCCCUACACCUUCAUGAACAGAAGAAGAUUCCACGACUGGAUUUCUGAAAAUCUACGUUCCACAGGUGGAGCUGCUACAUAUCAAACGUCCACCAUUUGCAUACCAUUUCUUGCUUGGAAACAAGGGUUCUAUACUGUCACAUGUCACCCAAAGAACAUCGAACACAUCCUUCGAACCAGGUUUGAUAAUUAUCCCAAAGGGCCAACAUGGCAAAGUGCAUUCGAUGACCUCUUGGGUCAAGGUAUAUUCAACAGCGACGGUGACACGUGGCUCAUGCAGAGGAAAACCGCAGCUCUUGAGUUUACAACCCGGACACUUCGACAAGCCAUGAACCGGUGGGUGAACCGGACCAUCAGAACUCGUUUAUGGGUAAUUUUGGAUAAAGCUGCUAAGGAGAAAAGUCCUGUCGAAUUACAAGAUUUAUUGCUACGUUUAACUUUUGAUAAUAUUUGCGGACUUACUUUUGGUAAAGACCCUGAAACACUUUCCCCUAAAAUGCCUGAAAAUCCAUUUGCUAUAGCUUUUGAUUCAGCCACUGAGGCCACAAUGCAAAGACUUUUAUACCCUUAUUUUCUGUGGAGGUUGAAAAAAAUUUUAGGCAUUGGAGCUGAAAAAAGAUUACAAAAAAGCCUCCAAGUUGUCGAAAAUUACAUUUCGGAGGCAUUGGAAUCACGUAAGGAAAGUCCAUCCGAUGAUUUAUUGUCACGUUUUAUGAAGAAAAAGGACGUAAACGGCAAUUCCUUCCCAAGUGAUGUACUAAAACGCAUUGCUUUAAACUUUGUCCUAGCUGGACGUGACACGUCAUCAGUGGCUAUGAGCUGGUUCUUCUGGAACGUCAUGAACAACCGCCACGUGGAAAAUAAGAUAAUUGAAGAAAUAUCAACUGUUUUAAAAGAAAGCCGUGGUGAAGAUUGCGAAAAAUGGAUUGAAGAGCCAUUGGUUUUUGAUGAAGCUGAUAAAUUGAUUUAUCUAAAAGCAGCUUUAGCUGAGACUUUACGUUUGUACCCUUCAGUCCCUGAAGAUUUCAAAUAUGUCAUUUCUGAUGAUGUUUUGCCAGAUGGCACGUGGGUCCCAGCCGGUUCGACUGUGACUUAUUCUAUUUACUCUGUGGGGAGAAUGAAAACGGUUUGGGGAGAGGAUUGCAUGGAGUUUAAACCGGAAAGAUGGCUCUCGACCGGAGGAGACCGGUUCGAACCGCCAAAGGAUGGGUAUAAAUUUGUGGCAUUUAAUGGUGGACCGAGAACUUGCUUAGGCAAAGAUUUGGCUUAUCUCCAGAUGAAAUCUGUGGCUGCUGCUAUAUUGCUUCGUUACCGGCUUUUACCGGUUCCAGGUCAUAAAGUUGAACAGAAAAUGUCUCUAACUUUGUUCAUGAAGAAUGGGCUUAAAGUUUACUUGAAUCCUCGUGAACUUGCACCUGCAGCUCCAAAGGUCGCUAUGUCUGCUUGAAUAAAUGGUAUUAUGGGAACUGAGAAUACUUUUGAGGAUGUAAUUAUGCAAUAUAUGCAUGGUCAAAUGGUAAUAUUGGUGAUUUUAUAAUUGUAUUUACUUUUAAUUAUCAUAUUUUCAGUUUUUCAUUGUGUUUGUUGAUCUGUAUGGUUACUUCGAAUCAUGAGUUUAAGAAUGAUUUAUUACUUUUUAUU